ACCACCCACGAGGUGCACAUUACAAGCUAGGGCGUCCCGAAGAGCGGAUUGUGCAGACCGUUUACAGCUUGGAUACAUCAAAUUACACAAUAUGAAUAUCGGACCACAUCUCAAUCUAAGGAACGCCACAAUCUCAUAUAAAUUUCAGUAUCCAAGCUGUGAGAACAUUGAGCUCAGAUAACAACAUUUCGCAACGUGACAUUAUCUGGUCAAGAAGGACAGUUUUGAUAAACGGGAAAUCAGUUGUUCACGAAAGUCAGUAUACCGUUCGAUGUAGCGGAGUUUAAAAUGAUUCAGCUGAUUAUUGUGUCCAUGUUGGUCCUCCCUGCUGUAGGGAUAGAGGCACCAGUGAUAAAUUCCACCUGGGGAUAUAUACAGGGAGUGGAGAGAACCAGUAGGGAAGGACAACCUUACUUUGGCUACUACGGAAUCCCGUACGCGAAACCUCCAGUAGGAGAUCUCCGAUUCAGAAAACCUCAACCACACCCAGGAGUUUCUGACAUAUUUAAUGCUUCGAGCUAUGGACUGCCAUGUCUCCAGCUAUCUCCAAUGCUCCCUUUGAACUUUUCCUUUCAAGCUAUGAGUGAAGACUGUCUCACGUUGAAUGUGUUCCUGCCAAAUACAACCGAUGUAUCGUCCAGUGUGCCGGUGAUGGUCUGGAUACACGGGGGAGGAUUCGUGUAUGGAUCCGCUUCUUUGUACGAGCCUUGGCAAUUGGUGACAAAAGGUGACGUUAUAGUCGUCACCAUCCAGUACAGAUUGGGAAUAUUCGGAUUUUUUAGUACCGAUAAUGACGUCGCUCCAGGUAACUACGGAUUAUGGGAUCAACAUCUGGCGCUCCAGUGGAUCAAGACUAACAUUGAAGCUUUUGGUGGUGACAGCAACAACAUCACCAUCAUUGGGGAAUCUGCAGGGGCGGCGAGUGUGGCCUAUCACGUGUUGUACCCGGGGUCAAAGGGGCUGUUCCAGAGAGCUGUUCUACAGAGUGGAGCUGCCACAUCUCUCUGGGCGAUCAACAGAUAUAUCAAAUUGUUAGCGAUGUUUGUUGGAAGCAGUUUAGGUUGCCUUGGUGAUAACCCGGAUAUUAUCAGCAGACAACGGGCCAUGGUAGACUGUAUGAGGAAGAACGAUAGUACCAGAGUGUUAGCCUUUUCUUCUGUUUUGGGGACGCCAGCCUACCAGCUCAUGCAGUACACGUGGGUCCCCACCAUUGAUGGAAUCUUUGUCAAAAACAAUCCCCAAGUCUUAAUGAGAGACAUCACAUUCUUAAAUACCACAUGUAUCAAGGACAUCGACGUUAUGGUAGGGGCCAACAACAACGAAGGGGGACUCCUGUUGACGAGUGCUCUAGCAUUCGACAGGGCAUAUAAUUACACAUACGCUACCGACAUUUUCAAGCAGAAGGAGUUUGAUACAGAUAUUCUCCCAACAGUUACAUCAUUGUCAUUAGAAGCUAGCACUACAUCCAUCAAUAAUAUCGUCAGCGUUGAGUACACCUACCCCCGACCACCAUCCGACCAGCCGCUGCCUCAAGAACAGGUACUUUCAACAUACGGUGACCCUAGCUUCUUAGUACCGGGAGUCCUCUUUGCCAGGACGCACGCGUUGUUGAACACCAGCAGGAAGUGUUACUUCUACUUAUUUGACCACUAUCCAUCCUUCGCCAGAGAUAGCCCUGUGAAAGGCAUGAGCCAUGGAGUGGACACCUUGUAUCUGUUCGACUUGAAUCCGGCCACGGUCAAGAUGCUUGGCUACUCAGGGAACCUGACGGCAGAGGAGUAUCAGCUGGCGGAAACAUUUGUUUCUUUCAUUGCUGACUUUGCCAAGACUGGUAACCCCAACCCUGCUGUUCAGGAAAAGCUUGGACAGGCAUGGCCCGAGUUCAAUAUGGCCGACCAGCGUUACCUGACAUUCACAACAAACAUGUCAGUACGUGACCACGUCUACCCCAGACGAGUGACCCUGUGGCUGGACAUCAUCCCCAACCUCAUGAAAAUUCCCACCACUUCUACAACUUCCUCAUCGUCUACGUCCACUACAACACCAACCACAUCUGCCCCUACAUGGUUCGGACUGGACGCUCACACGGCCGAGGUGACUAUCCUGGCCCUCAUUGUAACUCUAUGUGUCGUGGGCCUGUUACUGGUGACAAUAGUCAUGUGCUACUGUUUGAGGCGGAGGAAACACGGGAUUGAUACAUUGUCAUGACGGCACCAGACAAAUAAUCAUUGUAUCGACCAUACUUCUGUUGAAGCUACAGGACCACAUUUAAUGUUGUUGUUGAGAUUAAUAUCUUCACAACUCUCAAUUGUAGUCUCAUCCAUCAGAUCGGCUAUUUCCUAUUUCUGAAUCAACAACCCAUUAUGCAAAGCACAAGAAUUGAAAAUAAAAUUAGUGAUUUUUUCAA